AUGGCUAGUAAUGAUGAAUAUGAAAUGGCUCUAAUCGAGAAUGAGAUAGAUGCUCAUUUAUGUGCUAAAUUAAUUGCCGAACAAUUUCCUUUACACAAUUGUUUGUCGGCUUUUAAUCAAUCAACACCUGAAAAAUCAUUUGAUGAAUGGGUUUGGCCAUCAUUGAUCAAUGUACUUGAUGAAAAAUUAUCAUUUCUUAUACGACAUCGUCCAACGAAUGAAAUUGUUGCAGUAAUCAUAGCCGGUGAUCUCUUUUUAGAAUGUAAAAAUCAUCCAUAUGAUGUUUCUACUCCUGCAUCUUAUAAUCCACUUAUAGAUUUAUUUGACGAAAUGCUUGAUCACUUUGUCCAUCAUGAUUUUGACCAACAAUUAAAACCGAAUAUGAUUUUAUUUAUUUCAGUUGUUGUAACAAAAUUUAAACACUCAAGUAAAGGUUUAGCUGCUCAAUUAAGUACUCAUAUAUGUGAUUAUGCACGAGAUACAAAAGGAUUUCAAUAUGCAUUUGUGCAAACAUCGAAUUCAGCAACACGCCAUAUCUAUGUUAAAAAAAUGAAUGGAAAAGAAAUGACAAUUAUUGAUCCAGCAACUUGGUUAUGGAAGAAGAAAGAUGAUGGUUUAUCACGUCCAUGUAAAGAUUAUGAAGGUGAGCCUGUUGUUAAUAUUCUUAUCAAACUGAACCAACGAAAAUAA